AUGAAUUCAUCUCAAUUCUCAAAUGGGGUAUCGAUGAAAGUGUUCAAUGUUUUGGUGCCAAACGCUUCAUACAUAUCACUGUAUCAGCGUAAAUUCAAGUAUUCAACUAAAAGAUUUGAGGAAAGGAUCACAGGAAUGAGUUCAAAUCAUCCAUCAAUUAAGAACUUAGUUGCCGUUAUUGUUAAAGAGAGACCAUUUUUCACACUUGGAACCAGUGUAGGUGCUGAUGACACUCUUCAUAGAGCAAAUGUUGACAAAAAAAAAACUGAGGGAUCAGAGUUGAAUUGUAUCCUUGAUGUUGUUCUUGAAAAUUUCAAACCCAUUAAGAAGGGAGAUAUUAUCUCUUUAAAUCCAGAAGAAUCCCAGAUUCAAGAUUCAAUAAAAAGCAGAAAAGCAUUUGGAGGGUUGCUUGGAAAACCACCUGCUCCAAAGGGUUUAGUGGUUCUGGGAGGUGAACCAAAGCCAAAGCAAACAAAACAUCAGAAACAAGAAACCACGAAUACAACUGCCAACCAAUUGGUAGCAGUGGAAGAAAGAGACGAUAAUAGUGUUAUCACGAACAAGUGUUUGGAUAAGGAGAGAGAUGCUCUCCUUCAAUUCAAAGCAAACCUUCAUGACCCUGAUGGUAGUCUCUCUAUGUGGAAACCUGAAGAUGAUGACUGCUGUUCAUGGGAAGGAGUCACGUGUGACAACCGAACAGGUCAUCAUGUCACGGAGCUUGAUAUUAGUUUGUUUAGUCUUGAAGGUGAGAUUAGCCACUCAUUGGUUAACUUAAGCUACGUGAAUCAUCUUGAUCUUUCGGAAAAUUCUUUUCAUGGAACAAUUCCCACCUUCAUUGGUUCCAUGAUUCUAUUGAGGUACCUUGACCUCGGCCAAAAUAAUCUUAAUGGAACCAUUCCCAGUUUCAUUGGUUCCAUGACUCUAUUAAGGCACCUUGACCUUGGCCACAAUAAUCUUAAUGGAACCAUUCCCACCUUCAUUGGUUCCUUGACUCUAUUGAAGUUCCUUGACCUUCGUUACAAUAAUCUUAACGGAACCAUUCCCAAGUCCAUUGGUUCCUUGACCCAAUUAAGGCACCUUGACCUUUCCCAUAACUUUCUUUAUGGAACCAUUCCACCACAGUUUGGAAAUCUCACCAACCUGCAAGAGCUUUUUCUUGCUCUUGUUGGAAGAUGUAGAGUUGAAAACAUAGAGUGGUUGUCUCAUCUCUCUCAUUUGGAGGUACUUGAAAUGGAUGAGAUUUCCCUAGCCAAAGCAAACCAUUGGGUGAAUGUAAUUUCGAGUCUCCGGAAGCUAUCAUAUAUAAGGUUGGAGGGAUGUGAGCUCUCAAAGGUGAUGUAUCCAUAUUCUUCAUUUCUCAACUCUUCUUCAUCUAUUGAAUCCCUUUUUCUUGGAAACAACAAUCUGACCUCAUCCAUGUAUCGUUGGUUGUUCCCCUUAACAAGCAAUAAGCUUUGUUUUCUUUAUCUCUAUGGCAACAUGUUAGAUAGGAUACCCAAAUAUAUUGGUAACCUCUGUAGUUUGGAACGUUUGUACUUCUAUAACAACUCAGCUGUUGUAAAAUUUCCUGAUUUUCUGUACAACUUGUCUGGAUGCACAUUGCUAACAUUUCAAGACUUGUCUAUUCGAAGAAGCCAAUUUACGGGGUCAUUGCCUGAUGACAUCCAUAACUUUUCAUCCCUAUCAUAUCUGGACCUAGCAGAUAAUCAAAUAAAUGGAACCAUAAGCGAGAAAUUGUGGGAACUACCCUGGCUUGAAAAGAUUGAUGUUUCUCAAAAUAAUUUUUCUGGUGCCAUCUCUGAAAACAUUGGAAAGUCGAAGGCUCUUUAUAUAAAUCUUUCAAAAAACCCACUCCAAGGAGUUCGUUCCACAGAUCAUAUGUCAAAACAUUCUUAUGUAGAGCAUAUUGAUCUGAGCUCUUGCAAGCUAGGCCCUCACUUCCCCAAAUGGAUUCAAAAGCUAGAAAGACUUACCCGUCUUGAUAUUUCCAACACUAGAAUCUCAGACACAGUUCCUCCAGAAUUUUGGAACAUGCAAUUACUCUUUUUGAAUCUCUCUUCCAACAACAUCAGUGGGGAAGUACCAGAUUUAUCAGAAAGUUUUUUCGGCACUCAAAUGAUAGAUUUUAGUUCAAAUAGCUUUAACGGUCCAAUACCGCAUCUUCCUUCUAGUUUGACAUCGUUAAAUCUUUCCAGAAACAAAUUCUCUGGAGGAAUCUCCUUCUUAUGCAAAAUUGUCGAUGGGUUAUUGGAAUUUCUUGACAUCUCCCAUAACUCUCUAACCGGACAACUUCCAGACUGUUUGUGGCAUUUCAAUCAACUGAAAGUUCUUAAUCUAGGAGACAACAGUCUAUUUGGAAAGCUUCCUAUAUCUGUUGGAUCUUUGAUCAACCUCGAGGUGUUGUAUUUAUACAAGAACAACUUUUCUGGACAAUUGCCUUCGUCUCUAAAAAAUUGUACGAAGUUAAACUUCUUGGAUUUGGGGACAAACAGAUUUUUUGGUAAUGUGCCUGUUUGGAUUGGGGAAAAUUUAUCGGGGUUGUAUGUUCUUAUCCUAAGAUCAAACAACUUCUACGGAACCAUCCCUUUACAAUUAUGUAAAUUACCAAAUCUUCAAAUUUUAGACUUUUCAAGGAACAAUCUCCACGGAAGCAUCCCCUCAUGUUUAAGUAAUCUUACAAGAAUGGCUCAAGAAGGAUUCUUAGCGCCACCAAACGUGCAUCCCUAUACAAGUCCAUUCGGAAGCUUUUCAAAUUUUAUUCUUCCAUAUCCCACUGAAGAGGAGUAUGUUGACCAUGCAAUGAUCGAGUGGCAAGGAGAUGAGCGUGAAUUCACCCGAGAUGAAGACUUACAAGUUGGUAAAAGCGAGGGUGAUGAGGAAGUCACAAAUGAAUUGUGGGGAUGGUUCUAUAUUGGUGGGGCCACUGGUUUUGCUACUGGAUUUUGGAUAGCAUGCGGCGCUCUACUUCUCAACCGUCAUGGGAGACGUGCAUUUUUUCACUUUUAUGAUAGCUUCAGAGAUUGGGUUUAUCUGGAGGUGGUGGUGUUCAUUGCAAAAUUGCGGAGGAUUGCACGUAUGUAG